GUGAGUAUCAGGUUAAGUGCUUCGAGGCAGAUACUUUAGUUGCGCGCCAUCCUUCGUCUCAGACAAAUCUGUUAAGAAUACACUGUGAAGAGUUGGCUCCUUGAGAAAACCCAGAGAAAACGCAUUCAAUAUAAAAAAAACUGAAUGAAAACCGGUUUCUAUUGACUUUAGCUCCAUAAUUUACAAGAGAAUCGAAUUAAAUGGUGUAAUUCUGCGUGUGGGAGAGGAGCUAUUAAGAUACAAAAUAUCACAAUUCGGUGUCAUAUUUCUUGCCAACAAAAAACUAAUGUUUAGUUAAAGUACUCACAGACGGUAGUGAAAGUGAAGUUCAAUGUUUCUAAAGUGGUCUUCUAACACGUGUUGCGUCAUAAGGCACAUAAUUGAUUGGCAGUUGAAUUGCUUAUUAACAUAGAGCAAUUUACAUUAUGGUGCUUUAGUGCGAAACCUGCUUCAAGGUGAUAGACAUUAAAAGCUAUAUUCCAAUUGUAAUUUUCUGGAAGAAUUAGCUGCAAAAAAAUAUAAGAAUCUAUUUGUAGACUGGUAAAACAGCUGUAAGAAAAAAAGCAUCAUCUUCCAUUUGGGCUGUGUUCAUUGUGAAAAACUCAUAAAAUCUCUCAAUCUGUGAAUAGGAAAAAAAUAGAAAAAAAAGAAGAAUGGGAAAUAUUUUUUCAUGCUGCAAGUGUAAAUGUGGUUCAUCUUUUAAGAAGUGUUGGUCACCAAAUGAAGGAAAAUCAGCGGAUAUAUCACUUCCUCCAGCGCAUUUGUCCGCCAACAGUAUUGACCAAUUAGAUUCACCUGGGGACGGAGGCGAUGUCUUGACGGUGCGUCAUGUGGAUUUGUGCCUGGAGCAAAAUGGCACGGAUCAUCGCACCAGGCGCUUUGAGCUAAUGCAACGUGAUGCUGUGCCAGGUGAAUCUGCUCAGCUUGUCGUCCGCCGUGGUCAGGCUUUUCGGCUGAAAAUUGCUUGCCAUCGACCAUUCGAUCGAUCUCGAGAUAGUCUCAGCUUUGCCUUCACCAUUCACGAUGAAACUCGGCCGGGUCACACCCACGGAUCUGCCCUCAAGUUCAGGGAGACUGACCUGGGCGAUGUUCAUGAAUGGGGAGCAGCAGUGUCGAAGAUUAGUGGGGAUAUUCUGGAGGUAUUGGUCAAAGCACCAGCUUCAGCUCCAGUCACUUUUUGGCGCGUAGACAUCGACACGAGGCUGAAUUCUGGAGGAUCCCGUGUCUUCACUUUCCGCCAUCCCAUUGCCAUUCUCUUCAAUCCUUGGUGCCCGGAUGAUGAUGUUUACAUGCCAGAUACUCAUCUUCUUGAGGAAUAUGUUCUAUCUGAUGCUACACUCAUCUGGCGAGGCUCCUACAAUCGCUUAAGACCAUCUGUAUGGAAACUCGGGCAGUUCGAUAGAUACGUGCUGGAGUGUGCUUUGCUGGUGAUUGCAGAAGUGGGAAAAGUUAGUGGUAUUCAUCGAGGAAAUGCAAUUCGUGUCUCAAGAGCCCUUUCAGCUGCAGUCAACUCUCCGGAUGACGAUGGGGUCGUUCUGGGGAAUUGGAGUGAGGAUUUCUCAGGGGGAACAGCUCCGACUAAAUGGGUGGGAUCUGUGGAGAUUCUCCAGAAGUUCUACAAGAAAAGGAAGCCCGUGAAAUUUGGGCAGUGCUGGAUUUUCGCAGGAGUACUCACGACAAUUGCACGGGCUUUGGGAAUCCCCAGUAGAAUUAUAACGAACUAUGCCUCAGCUCAUGAUACUCACUCUUCCAUGACGGUGGAUUAUUUUGUGAAUGAGGAAGGGAAGGUGAUGGAAGAGCUCAAUUCUGACUCCAUCUGGAAUUACCAUGUUUGGAAUGAGGUUUGGAUGGAUCGUUCUGAUUUGGGCUACGGUGCUGCGGGUUCCUAUGGGGGAUGGCAAGUGGUAGAUGCUACCCCGCAGGAACUUUCUGACCAGAUGUAUCGCUGUGGUCCGACUCCAGUGAAGGCUGUCAAGAUGGGAGAGAUCACUAAGCCUUACGAUUGUGACUUUGUAUACUCGGAAGUCAAUGCAGAUAAGCUCUUUUGGCGCUAUGCGGGAGUCAAUCAACCCCUGAAGUUGAUCCGGAAGGAUACCCUGGGAAUUGGGCAUUUUAUCAGCACGAAAGCAGUGGGAGAGUGGAAACGGGAGGAUAUAACGAAAUCUUACAAAUUCGAUGAGAAAUCAAAUGAGGAACGUGCUACGAUGCUCAAGGCUCUUCGACAGGCUAACAGCGUUUAUUCCCGCUACUACCUCAAUGAGGAUUUCAAUGAUGUUCACUUCAACUUUGAACUGCGUGAUGAUAUUGUCAUAGGGCAGAAUUUCACGGUGGUUUUGGAGGUGACAAAUCGAUCUACGAGCAAGAGUCAUCGUGUGGAGGGUAGCUUGCAUAUUGAUACAGUUCUGUACACAGGGAAGAAUAGGGAACAGAUUAAGGUGGUGCACUUUGAGCGAGAGCUGAAGCCGGGCGCUACGGAAAUUGUUCGGGAUGAGGUGCAAUUCAGCGAAUACUAUGGGAAACUCCUUGAUCAGUCAGCCUUCAACAUCUCCUGCCUGGCUUCAGUCAAGGAUACGGACUAUGACUACUUCGCUCAAGAUGACUUUAGAGUCCGGAAGCCAGAUAUCAAGAUCAGUUUCCAGGGCACUCCAGUAUCUCGGGAAACUGUGAGUGUGAUCAUUCGACUGAAGAAUCCCUUGCCAAUGCCCCUGAAGAAAGGGGUGUUCCACGUUGAAGGCACAGGACUCGAUGGGGCUCUUGAGUUCAAGAUCGCUGAGGUGCCUGUUGAUGGAACAGCUGCAGCCACAUUCAAAUACAUCCCGCCAUUUGCUGGAAGAGGAACACUUGCUGCCAAAUUCACUUCCAAAGAACUGGACGAUGUCGAUGGGUUCCUGGCCUUUGAAAUUCAACCCCGACCAGAGGACCUCAUUAAUGGACAUCAUCCAAGGAUGAACGAGGUUGUGGCCAGAAGGGAUGUUAUCCCAUAAACUUUUAAACCAAGUGCGUAAGAUUUAAGGAAUUUGUGCUAAAAUAAAAAAAUUGAUUCUCUUCUGGAUGUCGACCGUGUGGAAUUCAAUACAUCAAAUCGGGAAUUCGGCCUGGUUUAUGAGUUUCCAUUCUGAAUGGGAUCUUCUUCAGGGCAUUAAAUAUCCCGGUGAACAAUGAUCAGAAAUAUGUUAAGCACUACUUUUCAGGAAUUCUCCUCUCGAAAAUAAACUCACUGAGAUAAAUCCAAAAACGUUAAAAUAACAUUCCGGAAAUGUUUAUUUUACCCUGCAGUAUUGAUCCAAAAUCAGUGUAAAUAUUACCCUUUUUAGAUGUAUUAGGGGUUAAAGGUACCCUUUUCAUGUUAAUUUUACCCUUAAUAAUGUGUAAAAUUAACAUUAAAAAUGUUGAUAUAUUUUUACACCUAAAAGUGUUAAAUUUCUGAGGAAAAAAUGUUAAUCGCACCCUCUUUUUUUCUCAAUGAAGAACAUAAAACAGACCGAAUUCCCGCCUUGAUAAAAAGGUUUGUAAAGAUUUUUGUUAGAAAUUUGUCAAAAGAAUGUUGUUCAUCUUGGACUAUCAAAAAGUUUUGUCGUAGGUUUUGACAAAACUUAACAAACAGGGUGAUAAACAUUUUUUGUGAAGCUGUGGUCGCUUAUUAAGCACAGAGACUCAUAAAGAAAGUUUGUCAAAUUUUAUUAAUUGGAGUUUCUUCUUUAUUUUCCAAAGAGUUUUGCUGUAUCGAUGGGCAUCAUUAAAAAAAAUUUAGCAUCAUUUAAAAAAGAAAACUGUAUUAUUUUAUAAUAAGAGAAACUCCAUUUGACAAACUUUAUUAACAAACCUUAGGUUUCUGUGUUUAAUAAGAGAUUACAAGUUCAAGCGUUUAGAAGAAUCUCUCUUUAAUAUUUGCUUUAAAAAUCUCUGCCAAAAUAAGCCUAUAAUGCUAUUUAUAGUAAAUAAAUAAUAAUAAAAAAAUCUAAUAAAGGCCAUUAAACGUAACUAAAAUUAUAUAAGUUUUAAGCUUUAUAAAUAGGUAUGUCGAUUUUUUAUGUAAGAAAUUAUAAAAGUUUGCAAUAAAAAUGUUUUAUAUAGAAAUUAAAAAUUGCGUUAGACUUACU